AGGAAAAAACACAUGAAAGUCAAAAAGAACCAAAGGGGUUGGUGAAGGAAGAAGAAGACAAAGAUGAGGCGUGCUUAACGCUCGUUUCUCUCUUUUUAGGUGUUCGUCAAAAAUUGAUUCCUCUCUUUAAUUUUGCAUUAGCCUAUAGGUCGAAUUUGUUGGUGUUUUUGAGAGAUAUGUCAAAAAUGGGUUCGUUAGGGAUGCUUUCGAGGAGAACGUUGGCUACGAACUUGCCCGUCAUGGUUGAGAUUCGGAAAUUAAUGAAGGAAUUGACGAACCCUAUGUCUCUCGCUCAGGGAGUUGUGCAUUGGCAGCCUCCUCAGAAAGCCUUAGACAAAGUCAAGGAGCUUGUCUGGGAUCCUACUGUUAGCUCUUAUGGACCCGAUGAAGGUCUUCCUGAGUUAAGAAUGGCUCUUCUGACCAAGCUGCGUGAAGAAAACAAGCUAACCAAAUCAGCUGUGAUGGUUACUGCUGGUGCCAAUCAGGCGUUUGUCAAUCUUGUUAUUGCACUUUGUGAUGCCGGUGAUUCUGUUGUCAUGUUUGAGCCAUACUACUUCAAUUCCUACAUGGCCUUUCAGAUGACUGGAGUCACCAACAUUUUAGUUGGUCCUGGAAAGCCAGAUACUCUCUAUCCUGACGCAGACUGGUUAGAGAAGACACUCUCUGAGUCUAAACCGACUCCCAAAGUUGUAACUGUUGUGAAUCCUGGCAACCCAAGUGGCACCUAUGUCCCUGAACCUCUUCUUAAGAGGAUUUCACAGAUUUGCAAAGAUGCUGGGUGUUGGCUCAUUGUAGAUAACACAUACGAGUAUUUCUUGUAUGAUGGUUUAAAACAUUGUUGCAUUGAGGGAGACCACAUUGUUAAUGUCUUCUCCUUCUCUAAAACCUACGGCAUGAUGGGUUGGAGGCUUGGAUACAUAGCUUACUCAGAGAGAUUAGAUGGGUUUGCAACAGAGCUUGUGAAGAUUCAAGACAACAUCCCAAUCUGUGCAGCAAUAAUCUCGCAGCGACUGGGUCUAUACGCAUUAGAGGAAGGCUCUGGGUGGAUAGCAGAGCGGGUAAAGGGUCUAGUGAAGAACCGGGAGAUUGUGAAAGAGGCCCUUGAGCCGCUGGGGAAGGAGAACAUUAAGGGAGGAGAAGGAGCGAUUUACCUGUGGGCAAAACUACCGGAAGGACACAGAGAUAGUUUCAAGGUGGUGCGGUGGCUGGCUCACCGCCAUGGUGUGGUGGUGAUCCCGGGGUGUGCAAGUGGUAGCCCAGGGUAUCUCCGGGUUUCCUUUGGAGGGUUGCAGGAGGAAGAAAUGAGAGCUGCAGCGGAGAGGCUGAGGAAAGGGUUAGAGGAGCUACUUCACAGUGGAAUGGUGGAGUGAGAGUGAGAGAUGUUGUUGUUGUUAACUCAAAAGAUGGAGUGGUCACUUUGCGUUUAAUUGAAGCUACAGAGUGUUUGUUUAUUCAAUAAUAAUAAUAAUCAAUAGCUGAUUCUUCUUUACAAUAAAUAGUCAAUUGUAUUGGGGAAACCAAUGGUUCGAUCCUUGUUCCCUUUGGUAUACCGUAUAUGUAUACUCUUUUUACUUAUC